AGCGGAAGGAUGUUGUGAUUUUGCCGCAUUCUGGUGGAGAGUUGUUCUUUGACUCUGCAACACAGCUGUUGAUAUCAUGGCUCAGGAGUUUGUCCAGGCUCGAAUUAAAGGAGACAAAGUGGUUGUGUUUCUGAAACCAACCUGUCCUUACUGCGUGCUCGCCAAAGACGUGUUGUCCAAGUACAGCUUCAAAGCCGGACAUUUGGAGUUCAUCGACAUCAGCGGGCGAGACAACAUGGGCGCCAUUCAGGAUUACUUACAGCAGAUCACCGGGGCUAGGACUGUGCCACGUGUGUUUAUAGGUGAAGAGUGUAUCGGAGGAGGCAGCGACGUGGAAGGACUUGACAAAAGUGGAAAACUGGAAGGGAUGCUGCAGAAAAUCGGAGCGCUGCAGUAACAAGAUGUUGGUCGCGCCGCCUGCGGGAGGUCACAUGAUGCUGCAGCGGGACUUGCGCAGCUGUCGUCUGCGCUGCUGGUACUCGCUGAGCUCCUGCAGGUAGCCUCUAGAGGGCCAGCGCAGCCGCUCCACCUGCUCCCGCUCCUCCUCUGCCCAACAGCAACACUAUGAUCAUGAAGAAAACACAGCAACAAGCAACACCCCCUCACCCCCGCCUCGUACCCACACAGUGCCUUUUCACCAUAUACCUUAUGCGCUUUCUAAAAUAUUAACCUUAAACACAGAACAUUACAUGAAAACUGCAAUUAUAUAUAUAUAUAUAUAUAUAUAUAUAUAUAUAUAUAUAUAUAUAAAAUAGCACUUGCAUGUUGAAUAUCAUCAGGAAUCCAUCCUUUGUAUCAGUUUUUUUUCCAUGGGCUACGUCUCAAUCAGCUCCUUAGCUCCCUAGGUAGUGAAUCUGUGUAUUAUGUACACACAUUCACACACUGGUAAAGACGCUGGCUCACUACACAUCGGGAAUGUCUGGCAACAUGCUAAUUUCCUCAUCGGUCACCAGGUUAAAAACCCGAACAUAUAAAAUAUUUAGGUUUUCAUGUCGUAUAAAAGGUUAAUCACACCCUUUUCUGUCGUGAUAUUUCAAAGCAGGAUCAUACUGUAGGCUAGCAAGUGGAUUUUUAAAAGUAAUUGAACACUUAAAUGUCAGUAGACUCGAUCUAACUGUAUAUAGAUGUGAUAAGUAAUGUAAGUAAUCAUUUGAGAGUUACAACAAUGAUAUCAAGCUAUGAAGUUUGUUCACCAUAUAUAUAUAUUCAAUCUGAGAGGCUUCAGGCAAUAUGACAUCAUUUCCAGUAAGGGAACAUAGUAUGUAUCGAUGCUCCCUGAUUUGUCCAGUGCAUUAUGGGAUUUUGUUUAUGUUUCAGUGCACAAGAAGGACUUUUGUGACCGAUAGUGAGCCUUUAAAAUAGCCGAACUAGUGAGCUGAUCGAGACCCACCCAUGGUCUUUGAUAUAUAAAAUGUUCUUGACUGAAAUAUUGACUGAAAAACAUUGAAUUAUUUGUUAAAGUACCCCUGGACAUGUAAUAAAUCAUUAAAAAUCAUCUGUAGAAAAGGAAAAAAUAUGUGUAGUGCCUCUUUGUACCUGGCUGAAAAUAUGAUUAUACGAUUAUUAUGAAUAUUUUCAGGCCUGAACACAGAAUGAAAAAAAUGUGCUUUAAUUUUCUGUAUUAAAAUCCAUGACUAUUUACCAGAAA